AUAUUCGUUGCCAGAUGGCAAUAUGAACGUUUUUAUCUUAUAGCAAUUAUAGUACAAUUCGAACUUGAUCUUUAUCAUUUUUUUUAUGUAAUUAUUGUAAGUGAUUUAUUCUACCAGAGAGAUUCUACUUGUUUGAUACUAAAUAUUUGUUUUUAUGCAUUUCAUGAAACAUGUCUGAAGGUAAAAAGAUUAUACUUGUAACUGGUGGAACAGGACUAGUUGGUAGAGCUAUUGAACAUGUCAUCGAAACAAAUAAAAAUGAAAAUGAAAAAUGGAUAUUUGUAGGUUCUAAAGAUGCAGACUUAUGUGAUAAAAAGGAUACAGAGAAAUUAUUUGAGAAACAUAAACCUACACAUGUUAUUCAUUUAGCUGCUAUGGUUGGUGGCUUAUUCCAUAAUAUGACUCACAAUUUGGAUUUUCUGCGUAGGAAUAUUCACAUGAACGAUAAUGUAUUACAAACUGCUCAUGAAAAUGACAUUGUCAAAGUCAUAUCAUGUUUGUCAACUUGCAUAUUUCCUGAUAAAACAACAUAUCCUAUUGAUGAAACCAUGAUUCACAAUGGCCCACCUCAUCCAUCAAAUUAUGGUUACAGUUAUGCCAAGCGUCUUAUAGAUAUCCAAAAUAGAGGCUAUUAUGACCAGUAUCAUAGAAUUUAUACUAGUAUCGUUCCAUGCAAUGUGUUUGGGCCAAAUGAUAAUUUUCAUCCCAGUGCCAGUCAUGUCAUACCAGGUUUAAUACGCAGACUUUAUGAUCUAAUAAAAGAUGGAAAUACUGAAGAUAAGGUAUUUACCAUAUUAGGUUCUGGGAAGCCACUGAGACAAUUUAUUUAUAGUUUAGACUUAGCUAACUUAAUAAUAUGGGUAUUGAGAGAGUAUAACUCUGUGGAACCAAUUAUAUUAUCAGUUGACGAAUCACAAGAAGUUACAAUUUCUCAAGUAGCUGAGGCAAUUGCACAAGCUUUUAAUUUUAAAGGAAAACUGGUAUAUGAUACGUCUGCUGCCGAUGGACAGUAUAAGAAAACAGCAAGCAAUGCAAAAUUACGAAAAUAUUUACCAAAUUUUCAAUUCACUCCAUUUAAUCAAGCCAUUAAAGAUACCGUUGAUUGGUAUAUAAAAAAUUAUGAUCGAGCGAGAAAUUAGUAGACGUUGAGAACUAAUUAAUGUUUCAUUUACGCUAAUUUUGGUUCUGUACAAAAUUAGGAAAAUGAGAAGACCACUACUCUAAGCUUAUAUUGUACAAUGUAAUGUAAUAUAAUAUCUACGGCAGGAAGUGACGAAAUUAUAUAUAUUGCUGAGUUUAUUUCAACAAUAUUUCAACCUCGUAUAGUUAGAAGAAGACAAUUGUAUUAAAAAUUGUAUUUUUAAUUAAUUACAUAAUUAUAAGUAAGUUAUUAAAAAAUUACGGGUACAUGUCUUCUAAUUUUUCGUUAAUUUGACGGAUAUAUCCAUCAAGAUAUGUUAAGAAUUAGAAGCGGAUAUUAAGCUGUUGUUACUAUAAAUACCGUAUAUUUUUAGAAUAAAUAUUUCCUACAUAUGAAA